CUAUUGGUUGUUUGGGAAAAUGGGCGGGGCCUUUAGUUGGCCGAGCGCAUUUAUGACUUCUCGCUUUCAAUGAAAGAUGAUACUGUUGGAUUUUAGCUGAUUGUUCGUACAUUACGGACAUGCCGGAAUCGUUACAUUCAGGUCUCUAUGUGUAAAAAAAUGGAUCGUGAAGUGGGAGAGGACUCGUUUGCCUAUGGAAGCUUGGGAACUCUCAGUCGCUGGGGGAAAUUCCUUUGUGGCCCACGGAAUCUCACGCUCAAAGAUGUGUUUACAUGGAAGCUCUUCAAAACUAUUGUAAUGGGUCAGGCCCUCUCCAUGCUAAUAUGUGGGACGGCAGUUACAUGUCAGUAUCUGGCAGAUGCUGGGGUCGAGACACCAAUGCUUCAAAGCUUUCUCAAUUACACCUUGCUGCUGCUCACCUAUACUUUAGUCUUAGCCUUCAGGAGAGGUGAAAAUAAUAUUGUUCAAAUUCUAAAAACAAAGUGGUGGAAGUAUUUUCUGAUGGCUCUUACGGAUGUGGAAGCCAACUACACUGUUGUGAAGGCAUACCAGUUUACUACGCUUACAAGUAUACAGCUGUUGGACUGUUUUGUGAUCCCGGUUCUGAUGGUGCUCUCGUGGAUCUUCUUGAAGACUCGCUACAGACCAUUGCAUUUUGCAUCUGUGGCCGUGUGCUUGCUUGGGGUCGGGGCGAUGGUGGGAGCAGAUCUGCUGGCGGGGAGAGACCAAGGCUCAAGUAGUCAUGUGUUGUUGGGGGAUGGACUAGUGCUGGUCAGUGCUGCUCUGUAUGCAGUGUCUAAUGUCUGUCAGGAACACACAGUGAAAAACCUGAGCAGGGUGGAGUUCUUGGGCAUGAUUGGGCUCUUUGGCACCCUCAUCAGCGGUUUGCAGAUGGCUUUUCUUGAAUACGAAGCUAUACCUGUCAUCACCUGGAACUGGAGAACAUGCGUGCUCUUUGUUGCGUAUACUCUGUGCAUGUAUGGGCUGUACAGUUUCAUGCCUGUCGUGAUGAAGAUGACCAGCGCCACUGCUGUAAACCUCUCACUGCUGACUGCUGACCUCUUCAGCCUCUUCUGUGGCAUGUUCCUUUUUCACUACAGUUUCACCGGCCUGUACAUUGUGUCUUUUGUGGUGAUUACACUUGGUUUCAUCAUGUUCAACGUUGUACCGACCUACACAGCAGAUCAGCCGUAUGCCACUAAUGAUGAGGCGUAUCAUCUUGCUUCAUCUGCGGAUGUCCAACAAGAGGGAGGCGUUGUAGAUCGGCUGCAGAAGGAAGGACAUGACGAUCUGGAGAGGACGGUGUUCAAUCACAAAGCACACUGCAAUGGGCUCUAUUAAUGGAGUACCUUAGAAAUCAACAGUAAUAGAUUACUGUACCGACAGUAAUGGAUUUCACAGAUUCUCUUUAGAAGAGAAUCUUUUUUGCCAAAGGCAGUGUUCAAUUUUUAUUUAUUUUAUGGAUUUUAAAUCCACUACAGUGUGCCUUCAAUCUGUAUUUUUAUUUACACCAAUUUGUGUAUAAAUGUUAUUUAAAUCUGCUGAGAUUGAAGUUCUGACAGUACAUUCAAACAAGAAAAUUCUUUUUGCAGAAAAUAAUGCACUAUGAGCUGUAUAGUACUAACUUAAACCACUGGAAGUGCUUACAUCUCCAUUCCAGAUGAGAUGCUGUUUACAGUUUUAUUACUUGUAUUAACAUUCUUUAUCUUUGUAGAGUUCUUGAUUUUUUUUUUUUUUUUUUUUUUUUUUUUUUAUUAUUAUUAUUAUUUUGUUUUUUUAACUUGAGUUACAAGAUUAUGAAAAGUUAUGAAACCGUAGAUAAGAAUUACUUUUCAUAUUCAACUUGUUAGAUUUAUUAUUAGUAUUGAACAUGUACAGUAUUUUAUGUAUGUUUAUAUUUUAUGUAUCCACAUUUGGAAAUUAUUUCUGACCAUUAAAGUGGUUUUAUGUCUCAUAGGAAA